UUGAUGAUGAUGAACAACAACAUAUUGUGGUCAAGGCCAAGGCUUCCCGCUUCUUUUAUGAACGUUAAAAGUGCUCCAUCUCUUCUUCCUCUGCUCAUAUUUAUUUCUUUUCUUUUCUUGGCGCCACGGAUUCGCCUCCGUAUACGCGAUUCGGUGAUUGCCGUAGGAAACAAACCAUCACCGAUUCUGGACUGCGUGAAGUGGAAUCGCACCGAAAUUUGCCCCAAAAUUCAUCCGUCGCCGGCGGAGGAGAGAAGCGGAUCCAGCUGCCCCGAUUACUUCCGAUGGAUCCACGAAGACCUGCGCCACUGGAGAAAAACAGGAGUCACCGAGGAAAUGGUGGAGGGGGCGCGGCCCACGGCGCACUUCCGGCUGACGAUUUUGGGCGGGAAAAUGUACGUGGAGAAAUUCGCGGAGGCGUAUCAGUCGCGCGUGCAGUUCACGCUGUGGGGGCUCGCGCAGCUGAUGAGGAGGUAUCCUGGAAAAUUGCCCGAUCUGGACCUCAUGUUUGACUGCGAAGAUCUGCCGGUGGUGAGCGCGGACCAGUACGGGCCGGAGGGGCCGCCUCCGCCCCCGCUCUUCAGGUACUCCGCAAAUAGUACCACCUUCGAUAUCGUCUUCCCCGAUUGGAGCUUUUGGGGCUGGGCAGAGAGAAAUAUAAAGCCAUGGAGCAAGUUUGUGAAAGAGAUAAAGGAAGAAAUGGAAAUGUUGAAAUGGGAAGAGAGAGUGCCUUAUGCCUACUGGAAAGGUGACCCCAGGGUUUACCGCCAAAGAUAUCUACUCAUGCACUGCAAUCUCACUCUUCAAAACGACUGGAAUGCCCGCCUUUACACCGUUGAUUGGCAACAAGAGACUCAAAGAGGGUUCGAUCAGUCGAAUCUUGCAAAGCAGUGCACCCACAGGUACAAGAUUUAUGUAGAAGGACGGUCAUGGUCCGUGAGUCAGAGAUACAUUCUGGCCUGCAACUCACCCACAUUGCUCAUCCAGUCACGUUGGCACGACUUCUUCUCACGCGGCCUCGUCCCUCAACGCCAUUACUGGCCCGUUCGAGACUCCCAAAUUUGCAAGUCCAUCAAAUUUGCUGUUCAAUGGGGCAACAAUCACACUGCAGAGGCCAAGGAGAUUGGUGAGGCCGGAAGCCAUUUCGCCCGGGAGAGUUUGAGCAUGGAGAAUGUUUACGAUUACAUGUUUCAUCUGCUGAGUGAGUACGCAAAGCUGCUCAAGUACAAGCCUAAGAUCCCUCCGAACGCGACUGAGCUCUGCUCGGAGGCGCUGGCUUGCAAUGCAGAUGGGAAAUGGAGGGAAUUCAUGGAGGAAUCAAUGGAGAAGUUCCCUAGUGAUUCACCUCCAUGCACGAUGCCUCCACCUUUUGACCUCGGACCGUUUGCACGUGUGAAAACGGAGGCCAUGGACGAGGUGAAGGCGUUGGAAGAUGAGUAUUGGAGGAAAAAAGACAAUGUACAUUGAUGUAAUUGAUUUUUUUUGCUUUUUCUCUUUGUUCUUAUAAUUUAAGCAAUUGAUUUAAGGCAGAAACUAUUUAUAUUUAUAAAAUUAAUAAGAAUCCUUACAAAACUAUUUAUUCUA